AUGGAGACGAGCUAUGACGACGAGGACGACACACACUACUGCAUAAAGUGUCACGUGACAAUAACUGGUCUGGAGAAUUACGUCCAGCAUCGACAAACAAACUGCCGACAACCCGAAAGAAAGGCCGUUACCCCUGACCCGACAGUUUGCUACCCGGAAAUACUUAACGCUGACGCAUUUUUCAGCUCUCUCGAGCUACAAAGCAGUUCCAAGACAAAGCCAAGCGGCAGCAGAGCCUUGGUAGGGCUUGAGCCGGAGAAAAAGUCCGAGAGAUUACGCGGAAAGCGCAAUAAAGCUAAACGGUACAAUGAAAUUGAAGAGCCAAGUGCUAAAGAGAAACUUAUCGCGCUGUCACCGGUAGUCGCGGAUUUAGAUGAUCCGACCGAUCACAUCGGCAUCCCUUCGCUCGUUGGAUUCCCCGAUUUGGUGGUGCCCUUCAAUGACAAAUCCACCAGCAAGCUCACUGUCACUUCGACGCUGCCUAAGCAUGCAGAUGAACCCGAUAAGAGCAAACGCGACGAGGACGAUCGGGAUCAGUGGCUAAAUGAUGAUCUCGAUGAAGAUUCUGAUACUAACAAAGAUACCGCUGGCGAUGAAAGUGACAGCGAAUCGGACUACCGUCAGCCAAAUUCUGAGGAUGAUUCUGAUGAAAGUCCGGUCGAGGAUAUUGGACAAGAAGAUUCUUAUUCUGAAACUGACGAUCAGGAGGACAGAGAGUAUCCCCCGCAGCCUCACACCGGGGGAAAAUGGAAGCCUGAACAGAUGUUGGAGCAUAUUGCUGAGGAGAACGAUGACGAACUUGAUCAAGAUGAAGCCUAUCAUCAAGAUAGUCCUGUUCCGCCACCGCACACCGGGGGGAAAUGGAAACCCAGUGAGAAAACGGCGGAGGACGAGCCGGCAGAGUUUGAGGAGAAGGAAGAGGACAAGGAGGACAAGGAGGAGAAAGAGAGAACGAUGACAAGGAACAGCAGAGAACCACCGCCUGGUCACACUCGCGGGAAAUGGAUCCCGGGGGCUUCGGUCACGCCGUCGGAACUACGAUCGGGUUAUUGGUGCAGUCCUUGUGGCCGGAAACUUGCCUCGAAAUUGGUUUACAGCAGACACUUGCGCUCGGACUUGCACGCUCGACGUAGCAUUCAAGAAAUUGAAGGAGACGUUAAAUUGCCACGAUCUGCUGGACCGCUUCUACGCAAGAAGACCCGGACGAAACGUCAAAAAGUUAUCGCACUGAAGCGCAGCACAGAACUUAAAAAAACAGUAGUUGAUAAUAAGCCUGGCAAAAAAACGCGACGUAGAGAGAAAGAAAUUCUGCGGUGUGAAAUGUGUCACGCCCGUGUGCGUCGUCCUCAAUUGGGUAAACACCUGCUCUCGCACUACCACUGUCGUGUAGCAGGAUUAAACCCCUGCAGUCCUACUGCGCGACGGUUUAUCCUGGAGAACAUGGUGAACGUGGUUCACCAGUGCCCAUUUCGGUGCACAAACUGUCGGUUUUAUUGCAACACCGAGGAAACUUUCUUGCGUCACUGGCGCUCUAGUCAUGCCAACGUACCAACUGAUGAGGAGAAAAAUUACACAUGUGUCUGCUGCAACUUCUGGUGCAACGGGGAGUCGGACAUGGAGCAGCACCUUCUGAGCAAUGAGCACCGCGAGACAGUUUCCAUGAUCAAUGGAUCAGUGCCAAUAGUGAUACGGAGACAACUGAUUUUGUCUUGCGAAACCUGCAAUCGGGGAUUUCGGUACAACAUCCAGCUCCAGCAUCACGCUAAUGAAACGGGGCAUCCUUUGAGCUGGACGGCCACAGAUGAGUACCAGCAGCGGAUUCAAUGCCCACUCUGUCCCGAAGUUUUGAGGUCCCAGGUAGCUUUACAAAGGCACCAACUGACCGCCCACAAAAAAAAGGUCCUGGAGUCAAAGAACGAAGAAGAGCGGGGGUCUAUAGCGCCGUACUUCUGCUCCUUCUGCUCGGUCAACUUCGAGACUGCUCGAGACGCCGUUUUACACCGGAGAACACCCAAUCACAAACAGACUGUCAAGGAGCACAAGUUUUCAUGUUUAAGAUGCGGAGAGCUUUUCGCCUUACCCCAAGACCUGACAAAGCACACAAAAGAAGGGGCAUGUGGAAAAAUAACACAAAUAUUAGAAAAUGAAUCGCGGUGGGUGGACGGAGCGCGUAAAUGUUUACAGUGUCCCUUCAGGACACACUCCGAAGCGGAAUUGAUAUUCCACCAGGCGCUCCACGCGGGCACCGUCGAAAUUUACUCAGAAAAACCCGGCUCGAGCAAGACCCCUCCGACAUAUCGGUGUCCAGUCUGCCAAAAAAUAUUUUCAAAAGCCUCCCUGCGCAUCCACAUUCUGCGGCACACUAGAGAGAAGCCUUACCGGUGUUCCAAGUGCAUGGAAUCAUUCUCACGUAAAUCCGCUCUAACCGUCCAUGUAACUGAGUGUCAUCCGUUUUUGGAGUCAGAGGCGAGUCAACGUAUCAAGAAUUUCCUCUGUCUACAUUGCAACACCGGCUUUUAUACCAAUACUAAUAUUUCAUAA